AUGAGUUGCAUGUUUCUAACGACUUCCUACACGACGACAUUCGCUUUUGACCGGCCCCAGCAUACGCUCAUCUUUGCGUCCUUUCUUUCGGGUGUAUCGCUCUUGAUUUUAAGCAGAUUCGAUAUCAAUAUUCCACGCAUACCCCAACCGCAGCACAAAUACACUGCCAUCCCUCUCGCCGAACGCGGUGAUCAACCAUCCGGAGAGGCGCCUCUUUCGCUCAGCAGUCCGAUCAGUGAUUUCUUCCUUACAAAAUCGGGUAAUCGGAGAUGGUGGACCAAGAUUGCCUUGAUUUCGAUGCUUGGCUGGAUAAGGGUAGAGUUGCAUCGCCAGGUGACCUUUAAGAUUGAGUGCGCGCCAGUCGGAUACGCAUACGCGAUACCGUUCCUCGUUUCAAUCUACGAUUAUUGGCGCAAUCAACGAUCACGUUCAAUCCCAGAAGGCUCCGACACUGAUUCAGAAAUCUCUCUCAAUGCGCAAAUUCGCAAACUGGUCAUCAUUGCCCGACAUGUACACGCCGUUUUCUGUCAGAGCCGCAUGCGAUACGUCAUAUCGGCUACUUUUCUCAUGAUUGGCGGAGUAGUGGCAUCGGAGUUUCAAGAAGGCAUACAGUCGACUUAUAUCUGCCCAAUCAGUUCGGGCCAAUAUGCCGUACUGCGGUUCAUCAGGAUUUUGAGUGUCUUGCUUGACUUGGUGAUCUUGAUUAGCGGAGUUGCUGGUUUUUGGACCCUGAUCGCAAUUAUUCUCGCCAUUCGGACCAGGGAUCAGAUUGACGGCAUUGUCACCUCUCACUACUUGCCAAGCGCAUUCAAUCAAAGUCUGCUGAUGACUCUCCUUGUGCUUUCCACUUCUCAGCUUAUACCGUUUUACGGCAUAAUCGGAAUUUCCAUUCUGGCUGGGUUCGUUGUCGGUUGCUUCACGCUGACCGCUACAUUGUUCGAUGGACAAGAGCCCUUUCCAUUGAUCUAUCCGUCACAUGCUUUCGCCUCCCUUCUUGCUACCUUUCUUGGGGGUGUGUUGUACUUGUGCGGGCGUACGGCAUCCAACGAAGAACUGCCUUUCUUACACAGAGCAAAUAUUGUGAUGCGAGUGUUGUUCUCGGCACUUUUUGGCAUUGGCAUCAUCCUGGUCGCUAGUCAGCCAGUGUUGACGAAUCUCCAUACGAUCGAGCUGUUGAUCUAUGAGAACAUAAAACAUCACGACGCAUGGUCUUCUCAGGCGAAAAGCAGCGAAAGUCUUGCUGAUGCUGUUGCGAACUAUCGCAAACGGUAUAAUCAGCAUCCUCCACCGGGCUUUGAUAAAUGGUACGAAUACGCCAACAGUAGGUCUUCCGUUGUGAUUGAUGACUUUGAUCAAAUCCAUAUGGAUCUUCUCCCGUUUCGUGCAUUGUCUCCCGCGAGGCUCCGAGACCUAACACGCGACUUGGCCACAAACCCAUUCAACGACAUUGGGGCGAUCAGCAUUAGGAAUGGCACGCCCAGAGUACAAGAGGGGAUCAAGCCAACUCAUGCCUGGAUGGUCCUGGGUGCUGCCAAAAUGAUCGAGAACUUCUCUCAAUAUUUACCCGACAUGGACCUGGCUUUCAACCUAAACGACGAGCCACGCGUGGCCGUGCCCUGGGAGGAGGCAUCCAAGUUGGAGACAAAAGCAAAAUCUCAUGGCCCGGCUCCCGAUAACAGCGUUGUAACUGUAUGGUCGGCGGACCGUGGCAUGCAGUGGGCUCCUAUAGAGCCAGCCGAUCAAACGACCGAGACAGUAUUUACAGAUAGCUCGAUACAACCUAUUUUCGACCGAUAUAUCCGCCAGCUAUGUCCUCCGUCCUCGAAAGCUCGGACGAAACGGAUCUGGGACCGGCGCCACAUUUGCCCGGACUGUGUGCGGCCGCACUCGAUGGGUCAGUUUCCCCUAGAUGCGAACAGCAUGACCGACAUAUGCCAUCAGCCGGACCUUGCAUCGCUUCACGGGUUCUUCCUUUCUCCUGCAUCAUUCAAAGUAUCCCAAGUCUUGACGCCUGUUUUCAGCCAAAGCAAGGUGUCUGGAUUCAAUGAUAUCUUGUUUCCUAGUCCGUGGAACUAUGUGGAUAAGAUCAAGUACGACCCGUCUGAUGAGUAUCCCGACCAGGAGUACGAGAAGAAGGAGAAUACGCUUUUCUGGAUUGGCAGCACGUCCGAGGGAGUGAGCCGGUCAGGGGAAUGGAAGGGAAUGCCUCGUCAACGUUUUGCGCACCUCAUCAACAACAAUACUCUGAGCCACGUAUCGGUCUUGCUGCCCGUUGAAGGUACCGAUAGCUAUCGGUAUGAGAUCCUAGACGGCUCAGCUCCUACGAAUAUCCUCGGACUGAACGCCACUGUUAACAUCCUGAAUCCUGUUCGAUGUGGCUCGGAUUGCGAGGCGCAAAAGGAAGAGCUGGGCGCCGCCUCCUCGGUAGAUUUCCAGUCCCACUGGAAGUAUCGCUAUCUGUUUGACCUGGACGGCGCGGGCUUCAGCGGUCGAUUUCUGCCGUUUUUACAGAGUCACAGUCUGCCCUUCAAGACUGGCUUGUUUCGACAGUGGUUAGACCGGCGGGUCACUCCCUGGCGCCACUAUGUUCCUAUUGAUGUCCGCCUGCACGGAGUGUGGAGCACUCUGGCCUACUUUGCCAAAUUCGACACGCCAGUCCGUGGAGACCCCACCGGUCAGCCCAAAGACUUAACGCAGCGACACGAUGCUCGAGGCAAGUAUAUUGCCGAAGAAGGACGCAAGUGGGCCGAGAAGGCCCUGCGGAAGGAGGACAUGGAGAUCUACUUCUUCCGCCUGCUGUUAGAGUGGGGUCGACUGACGGAUGAUAAUAGAGAUAUGCUUGGAUUUAAGAUGUGA